AUGUCUGGCUUGCAAGAGAUAGCCGCCAUCGUAGGGAUUGCAGAUGCAGGUUUUCGAAGUAUAUCUGCACUGUACGAUUUUCUGUCAAGCUUGAGGACUGCUCCUGCUGAAAUCGCAACACUGCGCAACCACAUCAGCACGCUUCAGCGGACUCUGUCGGUCUUGAGCUCGGUCAAGGGGUCCAACGUCCGUACGCAGGAUCUCACGAGACAGGUUGGGCUUCCGCACGCCAUAGACAGCUGUGGACAGGCCUGCGAUAAACUCCGUAAAGAUCUGGAAAGGUGGACGAAGUCUGGAAGCAGCAAUUGGAAAGCGCAAAUUCAAUUUCGCUGGCACCGCAAAUUGGUCGAAGCUGCGCUUGCUGAGAUCGGCCACGCGAAAGAGACGACUCUGCUCGCGGUGGUCGUUACACAGUUGUGUCUACAACUCCAAGGCCCAAUCUCCGAAAACCAGAUCACUGCGCUAGUCAGUGAGGCCAGGAUCACGAUCAACACCAUGAGUCCUUCGAACACCCAGUCCAACUUCUCGGGACAAGGCUUCACCGUUGGCUCGACAGCAGUCAAGACCGAGACCAAGCAAGAUCCAUCUGCAAACCCACCAGGCCGCUUAGAUGCUGACCAACAGAGUCGCCUUCAAACAAUGAUCGAUUUGGCCAGAAACAAAGCUUACGGCGAGAAUAACGCCAUUGGGGCAGACAAAGCCAAGAUAGCUGACGGGAGUUUGAAGUCUGUUGCGAUUACUGACAACGAUGCGAAUGGGACGAACAAUCGAAUCGGAGUGUGGUGA